CUCCGUCUUACAUCCGCUUUCGUCUCCGCGCCCCCUAUGCCGGAUGCCGCACGCUAAACAGCACGUGCGCUGCUGAAUGGAGCUGGUUGCUGGUUGCUACGAGCAGGUCCUUUUUGGGUUCAGUGUACACCCGGAGCCCAAGGCAGACGGCGACCACGAGCAGAAAUGGACUCCUGUGGCUGACUUCACUCACCAUGCCCACACUGCCUCCUUGUCAGCAUUGGCUGUAAAUAGUCGUUUUGUAGUCACUGGGAGCAAAGAUGAAACAAUUCACAUUUAUGACAUGAAAAAAAAGAUAGACCAUGGGGCUCUAGUGCAUCACAAUGGCACAAUAACUUGCCUGGAAUUCCAUGGCAACAGGCAUUUAAUCAGUGGGGCAGAAGACGGACUCAUUUGUGUCUGGGAUGCAAAGAAAUGGGAAUGCCUGAAGUCGAUUAAAGCUCACAAAGGACAUGUGACCUUCCUUUCUAUUCACCCAUCUGGCAAGUUGGCUCUGUCUGUGGGUACAGAUAAGACAUUAAGAACAUGGAAUCUUGUGGAAGGAAGAUCGGCAUUCAUUAAAAAUAUAAAACAAAAUGCUCACAUCGUACAGUGGUCCCCAAGAGGAGAGAAAUACAUAGUUGUCAUACUGAAUAAAAUAGACGUCUAUCAGCUUGAUACAGCAUCAGUUAGUGGCACCAUCACAAAUGAAAGCAGAAUAUCUUCUGUUACAUUUCUUUCAGAGUCUGUCCUUGCAGUGGCUGGAGAUGAAGAAGUCGUAAGGUUUUUUGACACUGAUUCACUAACGUGCCUCUGUGAAUUUAAAGCUCAUGAAAACAGGGUAAAAGACAUAUUCAGUUUUGAAAUUCCAGAAAAUCAUGUUAUCGUUACAGCAUCGAGUGACGGUUUCAUCAAAAUGUGGAAGCUUAAACAAGAUAAGAAAGUACCCCCAUCUUUACUCUGUGAAGUAAACACUAAUGCCAGGCUGACAUGCCUUGGAGUGUGGCUGGACAAAGUGACAGACAGGAAAGAAAGCCUUCCUCCAGCUGCAGAGCUUUUUCCUGUAAGUAAAGAACAGUCCAAAAGCAACAAAAAGGAUUCUGGCCAUGUUGUGCAGGAAGAAGAAAAGCAGUCAAAACCUAACACAAAGAAGUGUGGUUUAACUGGUGUCAGUAACAAGCCAACCAAAGGAAGUAGCCAGGUGUUGACCAAGAAGAGGAAAACAGUAGAAAUGUUGGGAAAAAAGAAAAGAAAAAAGAAUAAAAUAUGAAUAAUAUAGUGAUUCCCAGAUUUCUCCUAAGAAAAACUUUUUAGAUGAAAUCAUUCUUUUCAAAUGUACCUAAUUUUUUUCCCCUGAGUAAAAGCUAGGAAUUUCUUCUUUAAAUGUACACCUUUUAAAAAAAAUCACUAAAUCACUUUCAGGUUUUUUUGUUGUUGUUUUAUAAACAGUGGUAAAACUAUUUUGGGUAGGCAACAUUUCAUUAUGUAUCAUGGUGACAUAUGUUAAUGUGUAAUAUGUAAUUUUUACUGUUGUGUAAAGCAAAGAUCUUUCUCAAAAUAAUGUAGUUUAAAAUAAUAUAAAAUCUUGAACACAUUCUUUACCAGAAGUAGAUGAGUUGUUUUCCAACUUUUUUCCCUAAAUAGGGGAAGAAUGAAAAAAAACUGCCUUACUUUAGCUUCUUCAAAUGGUUCUAGUAAUUUUAAUGCAGAUUUUGUUCACUUGGGUAACAAAAGGUAAAAAAUUUUCAUACCAGGGUGUCUGGACAAACUUAAAAUUAUAGACAUAUAAAUAGAACUUUAUACAUAAGAAGAUUAUUAGAGAGAUUGCCAAACUUUGUUCAAUAAUUUUGUUUCCAAGUUGUGGAUGAUAUAACUUCAAGGCAGGAAAUGACAUUCUAAUUUUUUUUUAUCCAUUUAGCUAAUGUAACAAAAGUAGUCUUAAAAAGUUCUUUGCAUAUUUAGGAUAAUAAGCUUUUAUUAAAUGUACCUUGCAAAUAUUUUCUGUCUUUGGCUUGUCCUCUCAUUCUCUUGAUGUUAUCUUGUAGAGCAGAAAUUUUUAACUUUAAUGGAGUCCAGCGUAUCAAUUAUUUCUUUCAUGGGUUAUAUCUUUGAUGUAUCUGAAAAAGACUUCAUCAUAUGCAAGGCCAUCUAGGUUUUCUCCUGUUACCUUCUACGAGUUUUAUAGUUUUGCAUUUUAAAUUGAGAUCCAUAAUCCAUUUUUAGUUAAUUUUUAUGGAAGGUGUAAGGUCUGUGUAUAAAUACAUUUCUCGUACCAUUUAUCAAAGACUAUCUUUGCUACAUUAUGUUGGCUCUGCGCUUUUGUCAAUGAUCUGUUAACCAUAUGGUAUUCUAUUUAUGUUCUCUAUUGAAGUGUUUGUUCUUUGGCCAAUACCACACUGUCUUGAUUACUGUAGCUUUAUAGUAAGUCUUAAAGUCAGGAAGCAUCAGUUCUCCAACUUUGUUCAAUGUUGUGUUGGCUCUUCUGGGUCUUUUGCCUCUGCAUAUAAACUUUGCAAUCAGAUUGUCAAUAUCCAUAAAGUAACUUGAUGGGA